AUGAACACCACCAAUACGACACAGUGCCAGCCAUGGGAACUCCACCUUGCCAUCCCAGUCCUUUGGGGCAUCCUGUCAGUGGGCGGACUGGUCUUCAACAGCAUCAGCCUCUGGAUCUUCUGGUUCACCAUCAAGCGCUGGAAUUCCAGCAUCAUGCUGCAGUUCAACCUUGCCUUGGUGGACGUCAUCGUCCUGCCGGUCACGCCGCUGAUGGUGACCUAUUUCAGCUUGGGUAACCACUGGCCCUUCGGGCAGUUCAUCUGCCAGUUUCAAGUCUUCCUGCUCAGCACCCACCUGUAUGGGAGCAUCUACUUCCUGAUGCUCAUCAGUAUCCACAGAUACCAAGUUGUUGUCCACUACAAUGCCAAGUCUCUUUGGAGGCAGAAGUCCUUCUUGAAAAAGCUGGUCUUGGUCUUCUGGGCUUUCCUCAUUCUGCAAGGGCUCCCGCUCUUCUUCUUUCUCAGGACGGCAGUCAUCGAUAAGUCGAUCAAGUGCUUGAGCAUCUACCAGUCGAAGCUGGCCUAUCUCUAUCUAGCCUAUAGAGUGUUCCUGGGGGUCGUCUGCUUCCUCAUCCCCUUUGGCAUCUGCUUGACGUCCUACGCGAUGUUGGGGGCCUACAUUGCCCAAAUCAGUCAAGCCAAUCUCCGAGGCAGGGUGAUGAAGACCAAGUCUAGGCAGAUGAUCACCAUCACCAUGGUCAUCUUCACUGUCUGCUUUGCUCCUCUCCACAUCUGCCAGACAGUGGGUGUGAUUGUGAGAUAUUACUGGACAUCCUGUACGCUUCGGUACUGUGUGGAAAUUGCAUAUUAUGUCUCUUUGGUCUUCAGCAUGGCCAGCUGUUGCCUGGAUCCCUUCAUCUACAACUUUGCCAAUGAGAAAUUUCACAAGUCCUUUUCAAAUUCCCUAACAAGAUUGCUGUUCUCCAAGGGUAAAAAAAGAUGUCCCAAGGAGGAGAGACUAAACACCACGAGGAGCAACGCUCAGUCAAGCAUCAAGGCAAGGCUAAGAUAA